AGUCUUUAUAAAAGAGCAACGAAAGUUAGUCACGGUAGUUUUAACGGAAAUAUUUCGGAAUAAAUUUAUUUCUGUUUUUGUGCGUGUAAUCGAAAAUAUUGUGAAAUGUGUGCGCGUUUAUUAAUCUGCACGAUUAUAGUUGCGUUGAUCGCAGUAAACCAAGCAAAUGCUGCAAUGACAAUGGAACAAAUUGAAAAAACUGCGCAGACCAUACGAAAUACGUGUACGUCGAAAACUCACGCAGACCCCGGAGUUGUCGCAGGAAUACAAAAAGGCGAAUUCCCAGAUGAUAAUCAACCGUUAAAAUGUUAUACACUGUGCAUAAUGAAAACAAUGCGAACUUUCAAAAAUGGACGCGUAGAUGAAGGCAUGAUGACUAAACAAUUGGAUUUAAUGAUGCCAGCUGAAAUGGCAGGUCCUUUGAAAGCGACAGCGACUAAGUGCGCAGCAGAACGUAAGUUUAAUUUUGUA